AUUUGCGUUGCCAGUGCUUUUAUAUUUAUGGUCCCAAUCUUAGUGCUAUGUCGAUCGCUCGCAUUCCUUUGGGAUAAGAGGAUCUACAGCAAGUGCGGCUCUCUGAACCUUACAUACCUAAUUAGGGUUAUCGUCAUUACAAUUGAGGACAUAACCAUCCUCGCACUGCCCAUGCAGAUGCUGUGGAAACUUCAGGUGGCGACGAAGAAGAAGAAGAAGAUUGGCGCGAUAUUCAUCUCCAGUAUUAGCUUAGGCAUCUGCUUGGUGUACGGCGUGCGCCUAAAGUAUGUCCUUAGGCUCAACCAGGACAAUAUUAUGGCAUCGAUCCGGAUGUUCGUUAUUUUGGGCACCAUGGAGCCUAUGCUCGGCAUUAUCUGCGCUUGCUUGCCUGUAUUGUCAGCUAUCUGUACCCAGGGCUUCCAACGGGCCGUACUACGGUCCGUACAAAGUGAACCGUAA